UCCAAUUUUCCCAUCUAAAUUUUAUUUGUUUCUCUCUCUCUCUCUCUCUCAUCCUUCUCUCUCUCCUCCAGGGUUCACUGCUCAAACCAUCAAAGCUUAUUAUCUUAACCCCCCCUACUCUGGUUCCCUCUGCGGCGGCCCUAUUUGGGCAAACCACAACCAGAAGUAUGUCAAGUUUAUAUGGUCAAAACUUGAACUACUCACCUGCUAGAGCCCCUUCUUCUCCACAUAUAUGGACCAACCCAGAUAUUGAAAGCUCAUACUUUGCAGAACUUUUGGAAGAGAAGAAGAAGUUAGCCCCUUUUGUGCAAGUUCUUCCCAUUUGCAGCAGAUUGUUAAAUCAAGAGAUGUUGAGGGUUUCGGGAAUGAUACCGAAUCAAGGGUUUAAUGAUUAUGAUAGACUGCAACGAGGAAGCCCGAGUCCUCUAGAUAUUAUGCCUGAUGUCGCUGCUAAAAGUUUAGGUCGUUGGAAUGGAAAUGCGGGCUGGAGUCCUCUCCAACACGAGCGGUUUGGUGGGCCACAAGGCUUGCCACCGAUGGAUCACUGGAACGCAGCACCAGCAAGCCCAAGUUCUUUUAAUACAAAGAGGGUGUUGCGCUUGGAUAUACCUGUUGACAGCUUCCCUAAUUUCAACUUUGUCGGAAGGCUUUUAGGUCCACGCGGCAAUUCCUUAAAGCGAGUCGAAGCUUCUACCGGAUGUCGUGUCUUCAUCAGAGGAAGGGGUUCUAUAAAAGACCCUGACAAGGAGGAAAGUUUGAGGGGGAGACCGGGCUAUGAGCACCUUAACGAACCGCUACACAUCUUAAUAGAAGCAGAAAUGUCUGCAAGUAUAAUCGAUGUACGUUUGAGACAAGCACAAGAAAUCAUUGAAGAGCUGCUCAAACCCGUGGAUGAAUCUCAGGAUCUGUACAAAAGGCAACAGUUAAGAGAGUUGGCUAUGCUAAACAAUAACCUCCGGGAGCACAGUCCGCAGCCGAGAGGCAGUGUGUCGCCUUUCGGUUCCAGCGGAAUGAAACGGGCCAAGACCGGGUUCUGAGGAACCCGACAUUGUGGUCGGGCUACUUUAACUGAAAAAUGAAACAAGGGUUACUAAAAACAGUUUGAUGUAGGUUUUCAUAUUCUUUUUUUUUAAAUAAUAAUAAUUUGUGUUUUUUUUGGUUGAUUUGUAGUGUUUGGGACUUUAGUUGCUUGCCAAAGAAAAACAGUUAUUGGAUUUAUUUGUUA